ACUAAAAAAAGAUAAAUAAGUGUAAAUACUAAAUUCUACUUAUAAUUCUAGUUUAAUACCAAGGUGUAGUUCAAUACACCUUGUUUAAUACUUUAAUUGUUAAAUCGUGUUAAAAUAAUAAAAUGUAUGCAUAUUCCUGUAGUAGUGUAGCACAACUGUAGUCACUAGUCUGUGCUCAGUGUACUCUUUGAAAUAAACUUAUAUUAGUACAAAUAAUAAAAAUUUAUAAUUUUAAUAUUAUGUUAGUGCAUACAACUACUGCAUAGACACAUAGUGCAUGCUGCAUAAGACAUUAGUGCACACAGACUGUGCCGCCAGUCCUGUACUGCAUUAAACUGAACAAUUAAUGGUACAUCGUGCAUAGAAUAAAUUAUUCUAUGUCUCAUUAUUAUAACUAAUUUACAGGUUAAAACGCAAAACGCAUAGACACUGGACACUAGGACAUUACACAAUAGACAUAGUAUCUGGAACUAGGAACAGUGAAAUACAAAAGGGUUCCAAAUGGCGUGGAGAUCUCACGGUCGAAAUAAUAUUGAACUUGUACAAAACUUACGUGCUAACAAUGUUAUUAAAAGUGAUAAAGUAGAAAAAAUAAUGAAAGCCGUUGAUAGGGGCAAUUAUGUAUCAACAUCACCAUAUUUAGAUCAACCACAAAGUAUUGGCUAUGGAGUUACAAUCAGCGCACCUCAUAUGCAUGCAUACGCUUUGGAACUUUUGAAAGAUCAAUUAGUAGAAGGGGAACGAGCCUUAGAUAUUGGUUCUGGAUCUGGAUAUUUAACUGCUUGUAUGGCUACAAUGUUAGGAGAAAAGGGAAAAGCUGUUGGCAUUGAUCAUAUUCCUGAACUUGUUGAAAAAUCUUUAGAAAAUGUUAAAAAAGAUAAUCCAGAACUAUUGAUUUCCCAGAGAGUGAUUUUAGAAACUGGAGAUGGACGACUUGGAUUAGAAAAAUAUGCACCAUAUAAUGCAAUACAUGUUGGAGCUGCUGCUGAAAAAAUUCCACAACCGUUAAUCGAUCAAUUAAAACCUGGUGGGCGUCUUGUAUUGCCAAUUGGGCCACAAAAUGGAGACCAAGUGUUGGAAGUGAUUGAUAAGAAAUUAGAUGGCUCAAUAUCCAGGAAAAAGCUGAUGGAUGUGAUCUACGUUCCUCUAACAGAUGCAGCAUCUCAAAGAAGUAAAUGGAACCACUGACCAUAAAUAUACAAUUUAUUUUGUGUAAUAAAAAUAUAUUACUUAAAUAGAGCUCUGAAUAAUCAAUUAAUAUGAUAUCUCUAGUUUUUAUAAAACAUGUAUCUCAACAGAAUACCACUGUAAAAUUUUUUCUUAAUGUGUUAUUGUAUUUGACAUUGUUAUUAAAUUAUAUUUAUAAAUUAAAUCAUUCUGACAUUGAUUA